GAGGAGGAAUCUUCUGAAUUGUGCAGCCAAAAGUCCUCACGGAUACCUGGAAUACAACUUCUUGGAAAAUGUUGGGCACGGACAUAUUUGACUAGACCUCUCUUUGAGCCCUGUUGCGGUUGUGAACAAGCAAGAAAGUAUAUGCAGAAAGUUCUUGUGGAUUUAUGCAUUGGUUUUUCUUCCAUGUGGGAUCAGAGAGGAAUGGUUACUCCCGACGCAGGAUAAGUAUUUGAAGAAGCUAAAAAAAUAUGAAUAUAAAUUUUGAGAAUUUUGCAAUUUUUGAAGAGAUUUUUUUCCCAUGCAACAGUGAAUUUCUUGCGCUUUUGAUUCUUGUUUUGCCUCUAUGUGUGAUCAAUGAAGUUGAAUAUGAUGUGUAGUUUUUGAAUUUUUGACUUUUUCCAUUUUUUUCCCUUCAAAUUAUUAUCUCAAUGACUAAGACAGUAUUUGAAUAUGCAAGUUUGUACAACAUGUGAUCCAGCUCUUUCCCAAUUAUGACACAUUGGCUUUCUGGAAAUACAAUUCUUGAUAACCAGACCAUCAUGGGACCAGAUAGUUCUAUGGAUUCUGAUAGUGAACUGCUCUGGGAUUUGGAACGCGGUGGGAAACAGAGGAAGGAAUGGAGAUCCGAGCAGGUCCCAGCUGUCCUGAGCCCAACUUACAAACAGCGGAAUGAAGACUUCCGGAAGCUUUUCAAACAGCUGCCCGACACUGAACGCCUCAUCGUGGACUACUCCUGUGCCCUUCAGCGGGACAUUCUCCUACAAGGACGCCUCUACCUCUCAGAAAACUGGAUUUGUUUUUAUAGCAACAUUUUCCGAUGGGAAACAUUGCUCAUGGUCCAGUUGAAGGACAUCUGCACCAUGACUAAGGAGAAGACAGCCCGCCUCAUUCCAAAUGCCAUCCAGCUGUGCACCAACAAUGAGAAGCACUUUUUCACCUCAUUCGGGGCUCGGGACCGAACGUACAUGAUGAUGUUCAGACUGUGGCAAAAUGCUCUUAUGGAAAAGCCUUUAUGUCCAAAGGAGCUUUGGCACUUUGUCCACCAGUGUUACGGGAACGAGCUGGGCCUCACCAGUGAUGAUGAAGACUACGUUCCCCCUGAUGAAGACUUCAACACUAUGGGCUGUUGUCCGUCUCCCUGGUGCAGGUACUGUGAGGAGCUCCCUGUGGAGGAGAGCCCAGAGCAGAACCAAGAGAGCAGCCAGACUCCGGCCAAAAACCCAACAGACAACCACAAGAGCACAGAGAACAAGGCCGACGUGAGCCCCACCGCGCAGCACACAGGCUUCUGCAGCAGCAGCACCAUGCCACCAGACCUGCCCAGCAACGAGUCCCCACUGCCUCAGUACGAGGCUCCUCCAGUGGACGAUGUCUGCAGUACUGUUCCGGAGGUUGACCCCAUGACUCUGUCUGUGCCCGAUAACCGCACUAACCAGCGGAGCCCGCUCACCCCACACAUCCCCCCUUCCUCUCUGGACCUCAACGACAAUGAGGACCUGCCCACCGAGCUCAGCGACUCCUCCGAGACGCACGACGAAGGGGAGGUGCAGCCGUUCCAUGAGGACCUGAACGGGCGCCAGUACCUAAACUCCGUGUACAGACUGGGGGUAGACAAGAUGUACGACCUGCUCUUCUCCGAGUCUGAUUUCAUGAGGGACUUUCUGGAGCGCAGGAGGUUCUCAGAUGUUGUGCACCGACCGUGGAGGAAAGACCCAGAUGGAAACCAGACAAGAGAACUCAUGUACAGCAUCGCCCUCAACAACCCUCUGGCCCCCAAGGCAGCCACAGUCACUGAGACACAGACUCUGUACAAAGCCAGUCAGGAGAACGAGUGCUACGUGAUUGACGCAGAGGUGAACGCUCACGACGUCCCAUACCACGAUUACUUUUACACAGUCAACCGCUACGUCCUCACGCGAGUGGCCAAGAACAAGUGUCGCCUCAGGGUGUCCACAGAGUUGCGCUACAGGAAACAACCAUGGGGCCUGGUCAAAACCUUCAUCGAGAGAAGCUUCUGGAGCGGUCUGGACGAGUACUUUAGACACUUGGAGCUGGAGCUGAACAAGCUGGAGCUGCUCCUGCUGGAUGCGCACUCGCCCCAGGGCAAAGGCAUGAGGAGUGGGCGCAGAAGGAGGCAUACCUUCUCCCAUCACCUGAGGCCCUCCAGCAGUGUGGACCGAGCCAAAGGAGCUGUCACCACACCAGAGGAGGAGGAGGAUGAAGACAUGCACCUCAUAAAGCACGUGGCAGGUUCCACACAGACUAGACACCUCUCGGACUCUACAGGAGGCCUGGCACUUUACAGCUUCUCCAAAAUAUUACUUUUUAUAAGCCUUGUUUUAAUUUUGCUGGUAUUUCUCAACUUGAUGCUGUUCUAUAAACUGUGGAUGCUGGAAUACACCACCUCGAGUCUAACGGCAUCUCACGGGCUGAGGCCACAGGAGAGCAAAGCCCCUCAGACUCAGAUGGAGUGGGUGCAGCUCCUGGACUCUCAACAGCAUUUCCAUGACAACGAGCUGCAUAAGUGGAAGGAGAUCAUCAAGUCCUCUGUGUUACUGCUGGAUCAGCUCAGAGAUUCCCUGGUGAACCUCCACAAAAACAUCGGCUUCAGGGACUCCUCCUCUUCCCAAUCCCAGAAGAAAGUGCAGUACCCCCAUUGACCCAUAGGCGGACAGACUACAUGUGCAAUAUACUAUGAUACUCCGCCUCCUCCGCUGAUCCAGUCCAGGUUUUUCAAACAACAACUCAAGUGACCUCCAACAGUCUGGACAUCCACGGCAAAAAACUCUUUGCUUUUUUUUUUUUCGUCCGAUAUUAGCAUGCUGCGUUAGCUAAUAUUCGAGCCGUAAGAAUCUAUUUUAGUGCUGCAAAAACAACGCAUUUUCCCCUCUUUUGGGAAUCCGUUAAACUGGAAACCACGGUAACUAACAGGCUAGCAGUAUUUGUAAAAUAAAAUACACUUAGCAUCAGGGCUAACUCCUAACAGGACAUAUGCAGUGAAUCAGGGCGGGUCCCUGAAAACAUACGCUGUGCUAUACAUUUUUGUGUGUUUCAUGUUUUUGACAGCUGGAAAGCAUUUCUUAAAGGAGAUAUAUUAUGCAGAGUUGACUUUUAACUUGACAUAAGUUUUUAUAAAUUGUUCUCAUCAAAACAUAAGUUGUUUUUUUUGUUUCGUUGACUCCUUUUGCUUUUUUUUUUUUUUAACAGACUAAAAGCAGCAAUUUAUGUGAGUGUUUAUGUAAAUGACUGAACCCAGGAAAAUGCUCCUCUGUGUUUUAAAGCCAAUACCAUUUCACUACUAAAUUGAUAAUCAUAAUGUUAAUGUUAUCUUAAUGUUAGCAUCACGUUGCUAAUUAGCUGUUGAUCUACUCAACACUCACUAAUGUUGCUAGCACAGAGCAUCAGACCUUUAAUCUAAGUGUUCUCUGUGAAAAGCUAUGUGCUGAUUUUUGUGUUUGUUUUUUUAUAUACAAAUUAAAUGUGAAAUUCCAAUAUAGGAAAUAUUUUAAAAGGUCUUAUCUACACAAAAUUGACUCUUGUGAGCUUUAAGCCAUAUUAUACCGUAAUGUUACCUAUUCAAAAACAUAUCUAAAGUUGUGUUUUGUUUCAUUCACACAUGUUUGAGUAAUCCUUUAUUGUUAUUAGUCUGUUUACAUCUCCAAAAGCUCAAAAUUCUCCAUUCCACCUUGUGAUGUCAUAAUGUGGUAGUUUAACAGCUACCUUUUCUUUUUAUUUAGUAGAGAUUGGAAAUUCUAGGGCUGAAAUUAUCCAAAUGAUUUUAGUCAAGGUGUAAGGUGUGCUUCCUGUAUUUCCACAUGAGUGUGUUUUCUGUCUGAGAGAAGAACUCAGCCUAAAUAUGCAGGGUUUGUGAGUUAAACACAUGUGAAUGAAACAAAACACAGCUCCAUGUAUGUUUUUGGUGAAGAAACAACAUAAUAUAGAUCAGAAAAUAGCGUAAUAUGGGCCCUUCAAAGAGAAAAAUGCAUAAUAUGUCUCCUUUAAACUAAAUUCCUUGGUUCUAUUGUUUUCCUACCUGUAUACAUGUUUCAACUUUGCCUCAUUCCAUUCAACUCACUAACAUGGCAGUCUCACUAACAGUAUGAGCUAUAACUCCAUGCAAUAUCAAAUGAACUUGUAUAAAAUCAAAAUUGUAUCUGAUUAUUUAAUAGUUGACUAACAGCUGGCAUGUUUCCAACUCUUUUUGACAGCCAUGUGAAGUAUAGCUGUGACACUGUUCGAGAUUGUUCAUCAUUUUUACAUAUUUGAAUUACGUGCUUACAAAAGUGUCACCCACCCCACAUGUUCCACUCAACCUGGCAACAUGAAUACAGUGUAUGAUCAUGUAUGUGAAAUGUUGAUCACUUGUAAUGUAAUUUCAACACUAUUAUUAUGACACAGUGGGGUGGAUAAAUGGCAUAUGAAAAAAGAUGAACCAAAAAGUAAAAAUGUUAAAAAUUACAGAGACUAUAUUUGAAAUGUAGAAAUGCACAUGUUCUUUCCAUUUUUAGAUUUUUUUUUAAAGGCCCUGUACCUUGUACAUCUACUGUCUUAAAUGUGAAGAAGCAGAACUAGUUCAUUUUAAACAAUUUGCAGUGGUCCAAAGUUCUUCCUCACUUACCUUAUACAUUCCAAGCAUCGUAAUUAUUGGUCGUAAUGAGUUAUAAGCGUCAGAGUGGAGUUUUGCAGAAGAGCAUCAACUGGCAUGCGAACACGCACUUUCUGAUUAUCAGACAAAAUGCUUUCUAAUUAGAUGCAGACAGCAUUCAGUGGAGUUAUUCUGAGCUCAAGAGCUGCUUAUACAAUAUAUAUAUUUAUGUACUGGGACAAGACAAAUUUUGCUCAAAUACAUGGAAAAAAUGGGGUACAGGCCCUUUAAGCCCAAAUGUGACUUAGCUUGAAUGAAGGCUGACUUUGCACAGGUCACAACUGACCAAGUGAAUUUAGCUGGAUAGACAUCUAGCUUUUACGUCUAGAGAUAGGCCAAUGCAAUAAUUUAAUGCACACAAAUAAAAGCGUCAAACAAUUUCAUGUUGACAUUAAAUGCGAACAUUUGAACAAUCCAAAUAUUUUAUACAUUUCUAAAAAGAAUAUAAAAUAAAUAUUAAACUACAAUUUUGUGUUUCUGCAUUUCCGCACAUAUUUUAUUUAAAUGUGUUGGCUUUUGAUUCAGAGUGAAAAUAUUUAAAGAGGGGGUAUUAUGCAAGUCAACUUUUUGGAGGUUUGUCUUGUUGUAACGUUGUUCCCUUGUCAAAAACAUGCCUGAAGAUGUUAUCCAUGCAUUUGAGUAACAUAGCAAGCAAUCCCGGGCACUGUUUGAUAUGAUAUUUGAUACUAUGUUAGCAGUACAAUUCUGUUCAAUGCUCAGCCCACAGUGAAACAUAUUAAACAUGUUAAUACAUUGUUUGAAGCAAAUAUAGUAUUUUCAAAAAAAUAAAAGGUAACAUUAACUGCUAACACAUGACAAAUUUAGAUCACCAUACCUCACAGAAGAGCAAUACCCUCUCUUUAACCAAUCUGUUUCCAUUAUAAAAUAUAAAACUUUAUUUUCAUACAAUCUAUGCUAUUAUUUUAAAUGGAACGUCAAACCCAAAAGCCAUUUAAACAUUGCAUUUUGUUACUUCCAUCUUUUUCCUUAUGCAUCUUACCAAAUCACUCUGCUGUAUAUGAAAUGCAUGGCUGUCAUAUGAAUGCUAUCACGUACUAUUAGAGGACCGAUAUAACGCAUGGGUAUUUUAAGAAAGUAGACCCUUAAUUAACUAGACCAAGUGGUAAAUGUCUCUAACUGUGGAUUUUAAUGCCAGCAUAGAUGAUACAAUAUCGGAAUUAUUAAAGAUGUAUCACAUAAUAUGUCCCUCGUUUCCAUGACAAUCCAAAGUGUACUUCCUGUGUCUUGCCUUCAUCCAGCUCACCUGUUGUGUAGCCUUGUAUGUGCAUAUACCUAUAUUUGGAAAUGACUUAUUUUGACUGCAUAAAUGACUCCUGGUUAUUUAUAUGAUCAUAUUGUACAGCAUAUUGAUUGAUGUGUAUAGAUAUAGUUGGUUCCUGGGGACGCGCUGGCAGCAGACCCCAGGCCAAACGCACUCAACCGAAAGUAUCGCUCAAAGAGGCCUGUGAUGCAGAAUGAAUAAAAGGAGGGGA